CGCCCCACUCACAGCCAUCUUGGGUUUUUUUCUGAACAAAAAAAGGGGUUGAGACAAAAAAACACUGACGGGGAGAAGCAUAUUAGACAUUGUAGAGACUUGACGGAAAGACGGAUGUAGUGAUACAAUACGAUAUGAAAGGAAAGGGAGCAGGUGAGGUGGAAGAAGACCAGCCGCACCCCGUAUACAGCUAACGUUAGCUAGUAGUUAGCCAGCUAAGCUAACUGGCUAACCAAUUCGGUACGGAUUAAGUAGCUAGUCAGACAGCUAGCUAGGCGAUAUAGCUUAUGCUCAGCCCUACCGAUUGCCAGCCUAGGACAUUGAGAACAAAUCAAAUUAAUCAUCGGAUGUAUGUGAGAAGGAAAUCGAUGACAAUGCAUCGUACGUCGAUUUGAGAUGCUCCAUUGAAGAGACCACCACUAACGUUACUAGUAUUGGAUAAUUAUUUUUUUUCGUAGCUAGAGCGGGAUCAUAACAAGCCGUGGCCCUGGCUAUGCCCUCGAGUGUGCGGGCGGGCAAUCUAAAGGACCCGGAUGUGGCUGAGCUCUUCUACAGAGAUGACCCCGAGAAGCUUUUCGCUGACCUCCGAGAGAUCGGCCAUGGCAGUUUCGGGGCCGUCUACUUCGCCCGAGAUGUGCGCAACAACGAGGUGGUGGCCAUCAAGAAGAUGUCCUACACCGGCAAGCAGUCCAACGAGAAAUGGCAGGAUAUCAUCAAGGAGGUGAAGUUCCUCCAGAAGCUCCGUCAUCCCAACACCAUCGAGUACAGAGGAUGCUACCUCAGAGAACACACAGCAUGGCUGGUGAUGGAGUACUGUUUAGGCUCCGCCUCCGAUCUUCUAGAAGUUCACAAGAAGCCAUUACAGGAGGUGGAAAUAGCUGCUAUUACCCAUGGUGCACUACUGGGCUUGGCCUAUCUUCACUCUCACAACAUGAUCCAUAGGGAUGUGAAGGCAGGGAACAUCCUCCUGACAGAGCCUGGCCAGGUGAAGCUGGGAGACUUUGGCUCUGCCUCCAUUGUUGCCCCUGCCAACUCGUUUGUAGGAACCCCCUACUGGAUGGCUCCGGAGGUGAUCCUAGCGAUGGACGAGGGUCAGUACGACGGCAAGGUGGACGUCUGGUCUCUGGGCAUCACCUGUAUAGAGCUGGCGGAGAGGAAGCCUCCUCUGUUCAAUAUGAAUGCUAUGAGUGCCUUAUACCACAUCGCCCAGAACGAGAGCCCCAUCCUAGCGUCCAAUCACUGGUCUGAUUAUUUCCGUAACUUUGUGGACUCCUGUCUACAGAAGAUUCCACAAGACAGGCCUAUCUCCGAUGUGUUGCUGAAUCACCGGUUUCUGUGUCGUGAGCGUCCCCUAACGGCGGUGAUGGACCUCAUAGCGAGGACCAAGGACGCAGUGCGGGAGCUGGACAACCUUCAGUACAGGAAGAUGAAGAAGAUCCUCUUCCAUGAAGCCCACAACGGACCCACCCCAGAGGGAGGCGAGGAGGAGGAGGAGGUGGAGCAGUACCUGCUGCGUACGGGCACUGUGGGCAGCAUGGAGAGUUCCCAGUCUGUGCCCAGUAUGUCCAUCUCCGCCAGCUCCCAGAGCUCCUCUGUCAACAGCCUUGCGGACGGCUCUGACGACAGCAACGAGAUGGCUAUGAUGACCGAGGGAGAGCACACGGUCACCUCCAACUCCUCCAUUAUACACCGCCCUACCGGUCAGGAUAAUAUCUAUGAUGACCCAUACCAGCCAGAGAUGGACCAGCAGCAGCCCUCGUCAGCCGCCCGCCGCAGGGCCUACUACCGCAACCGGGACCACUUCGCCACCAUCCGCACGGCCUCCCUGGUCACUCGUCAGAUCCAGGAGCACGAGCAGGGCUCAGCGCUGAGGGAGCAGAUGUCUGGCUAUAAGAGGAUGAGGAGGCAGCACCAGAAACAGUUGAUGGGCCUGGAGAACAAGCUGAAGGCUGAGAUGGAUGAGCACCAGCUGAGACUAGACAAAGAGCUGGAGAACCAGAGGAACAGCUUCGGAGGAGAGGGGGACAAACUGGGCAAGAAACACCAGGCCAUCCUGGAGAAGGAGACCAAGGCAGCCCUAGCUGAGGAGAAGAAGUUCCAGCAGCAUAUCCUGAGCCAGCAGAAAAAGGAGCUGACCAGUCUACUGGAGUCUCAGAAACGCCAGUACCGUCAGCGCAAGGACCAGCUCAAAGAGGAACUGAAUGAGAACCAGUCGACCCCUAAGCGGGAGAAGCAGGAAUGGCUGGUGCGUCAGAAGGAGUGUCUGCAGCAGCUGCAGGCAGAGGAGGAGGCGGGGCUGCUGAGGAGACAGAGGCAGUACUACGAGCUGCAGUGUCGCCAGUACAAGAGGAAGAUGCUGCUGGCCCGACACAACCUGGAACAAGACCUACUCAGAGAGGACCUGAACAAGAAGCAGACCCAGAGGGACCUGGAGUGUGCCAUGCUGCUGAGGCACCACGAGUCCACCCAGGAGCUGGAGUUUCGUCAGCUGGGUGCGGUGCAGCGUACGCGGGCCGACCUGAUCCGCACGCAGCACCAGACGGAGCUCACCAACCAGAUGGAGUACAACAAGCGGAGGGAGCAGGAGCUCCGGCAGAAACACACCGUGGAGGUCCGCCAGCAGCCCAAGAGCCUCAAGUCCAAGGAGCUCCAGAUCAAGCGUCAGUUCCAGGACACUUGUAAGAUCCAGACACGUCAGUACAAGGCCCUGAGGAACCACCUGUUGGAGAGCACUCCCAAGGCCGACCACAAGGCGGUGCUCAAGAGGCUGAAGGAGGAGCAGACCAGGAAACUGGCCAUCCUGGCCGAGCAGUACGACCACUCCAUCAACGAUAUGCUGUCCACACAGGCUGUGAGUAAGUUGCGAUUGGACGAGACCCAGGAAGCAGAGUACCAGGUGCUGCGGAUGCAGCUGCAGCAGGAAUUGGAGCUGCUGAACGCUUACCAGAGCAAGAUCAAGAUCCACACAGACUCCCAGCACGAGAGAGAGGCCAAUGACCUGGAGCAAAGGGUGUCUAUCCGCAGGGCCCUGCUGGAACAGCGGAUUGAGGAAGAGAUGCUGUCUCUGCAGAACGAGCGUUCAGAGCGUAUCCGUACUCUACUGGAGCGCCAGGCCCGGGAGAUCGAGGCUUUUGACUCGGAGAGCAUGCGUCUUGGCUUCAGCAACAUGGCGCUGACUGGCAUCCCCGCCGAGGCCUUCAACCAGGGCUACCCCAACCCCAGCCCCUCCUCUGGCCCAGGGGGCUGGCCCUCCCGCCCUGUCCCUCGCUCCGGGAGCCACUGGAGCCACGGUGUGCAGAACUCGGUGGCGCCCCCUUCGUGGCGUAGCCAGAACAGCUGCAGCGGUGGAGGGUUCAGCCGUGCUGAGUCGAUCACGUCGUCUCACGGCCUGGGGAGGGAUAGUGAGAUGAACAUGAGUGGUAGAGGCCACUCCUCCAACUCCUCAUCUUCCUCCUCGUCCUCCCACCAUCAUCAUCACCAGCAGCAGCAACAACACUACCUCCCCCAGCACCACCACCACCAGAGCACGCCACACCUGUACAGAGAGAGCCGCGAGCGCGAGGACCGUGAGAGGGACAGGGAGAGAGAGUGGGGAGGUGGGGGGGGACACCACCACCACCAGCACGGAGGAGGAGGAGUUCAUCACCACCACCUCUCCCAACACGCCUCAGCCCAGUCCCUGGCUCUCCUGCCACCUCCGCCUCCCCCACCACCCAUCUCCCUCUACUCUUCCUCCCCGCCCUCCUCCUCCUCCUCCUCGUCUUCCCAGGGAGGGGGAUACGGGGGUCUGGUGGCCAGGGGCCCCAGCCUGAUGGCCCUAAGGAACAGCCCCCAGCCCCUGAGGAGGACGGCCUCAGGGGGGCCCGGCGGGGCAGGGGGGGGCGAGGGGGGUCUGAGCCGGAGCACCUCGGUCACCUCACACAUCUCCAACGGCUCCCACCUUUCCUACUCUUAAAGGGGAAGGGUAACGAUAGGCUCCACCCCACAGUCUUAAAGGGGCGUGGUAAGAGAACAAACCAAGCCUGCCCCUUCUUUGAGGCUGCGUCUAUAACAACACCCUAACCCUCGUAUGGGGAAUAUGGUGUAGUUUGAGAUAUGCAGUGAGUAGUGU